AUGAUGUACACGCAGAACAUGGAGGUCUGCUGCACACCAGAGAUUGUUCAUGGGGCAAGUGGUAGAAGACGAACCAGGGGCCUCCGCUGUGCGCCGUGCGGCUUCGCGGCUUCGCCCCAUGUAGUGCUUACCUUGACGUCCAUGGGACCUCGUCAUGGCCUGUUGCUGAGCUUUUUCAUUGCCUGUGUGGCGCUGCCAGAUUUGCCAGAUUUGCCAAAGACCUACUCUACCUUGAAUCUGAUGCAUGGCACGAAGGGCUGGAGUAGGACCUGCUUCGGUUGGCGCCUGCUGCCUCCUGAGCUGAUCCUCACUUAUGCUGGUGCCUAUUUGCAUGGCGUGGCCAUCAACGAGAGCGAGCUACUGAGCAUCCGACAUGUGAGCAGGGAUUUGGUGGUCGUGGAUGACAUCAAACUCACAGAUCUCAGCCUGUUGGCCAACCUGCAGACCGUAGGUGGCAACGUGGAGAUUCGGUACAAUGCCCAGCUUGCAGAUAUCUCGGGCUUGUCCAAUCUCGAAGUCAUAGGGGGCUCUUUGAACAUUUAUUUCAACCACCGGCUGCGUGAAAUCUCCGGCUUUACGAAGCUGACAGUGAUUGGCCGUUCACUGGGCAUCCACCACAAUGAUCAGCUUGAGAACAUCACAGGUUUCCCAGCAUUGGUGCGCAUUGGCCAAGACUUCAGCUUGCGUGGGAACAAAAAGCUGCUGGCUGCGCCAGGAAUGCCGAGCUUGCGGGCCCUUGGAGGUGAUGUUGAGGUGAUCUUCAACCCGCUGAUGCAAACUGUGGAUGACAUGGUGGGGGCGUUGGAGAUGAUCGAGGGGAAUUUCCUCAUCAAGGACAACGACAACCUCACCACCCUGGCCUUGCUGCCCAACAUCACCAGAAUCGCAAAACGAUUUGAGGUCAGCUACAACGAGCGCAUCACAGAGGUCCAUGGUCCACCUCAGCUUGAACAGCUAGGUGCCUUGACCAUCAAGAGCAACAAUGCGUUGAGAUUGGUGGAUGGCUUCGAUCGCUUGCAGGUCUUGGAAUACUGGGCGGGAGGAAAGCUAAUAGAAGGCACCUUCCAAGUGAUGUUCAAUACAAAACUGGAAAGCCUGAGCUUUCCUCAUCUCGAGUCAGUGGGCAACCUGACGCUCCUGGACAAUGACAAUCUCACAGAAGCUUCCUUCCCCGGCCUGUGGUCCGUGGCGGGUGAGGUGAAGGUCUCCUACCAUGCGCGGCUCAGAGCCUUCAGCAGCAAUGCCUCCUCAGCGGCAGGCAUUUCCUUUCUGGCCAACUAUGAGCUUCUGGAGGUGUCGAUGCCCAACCUCACACACGUUCACGGCAAGUUGGCGAUUUCCUUCAACUCGGACUUGGAAUACUUGGAUGGAUUCGACGCCUUGGAGAAGGUGGAUGAGAACUUGGAAAUCAUAGGCAACCGGAAGCUGAAGGACAUUUCCACCUUCAAAGAGCUCAACUUCAUCGGCAAAGACUUCCUGGUGGACAACAACACAGCGCUCACAGACCUCAGUGGGCUAACCCCCAAACUCAAGGUGCAUGGAAACAUGGAGAUUGAGAACAACGACCAGCUCUUUAGCAUCAGUGGGCUUGAGACCCUGCCCUUUGUCAGCGGCUACGCUGUGCUGAGCAUCAAGUGCUCCGGCAAUGCGGUCCGGCCACCGAACCGUGCCAGCUGCGUGAACUGCGCAGCUUGGGAGAUGCCCUCUGAGGACAAAGCCAGCUGUCAGUUGGAUUACGUCUUCGUGGUGGUGGUUGGCUUUGUCUAUCUCUUGACGUUCCUCCUGGCUGUGAAUGUGGGCAUGACUGUGAGGAAUGUCAUGGUCGUGGAUGCCAUUAUCAUGUCCUCCAAUGGCCGUGUUCUGCUUCGGACGACGGAAAGGCAUUACCUGCUGCGCGGCUUUUGGGGACGCUCCUUUCCCCUGUGGGUUGAUGGCACAGGUUGUAGCUUCAUUGACCAGGCGGAGCAGCCCAUUCAGGCCAAGGCAGUUGGAGAUGUGGAGCUGGAAUUGAUGGUGCGCAUGGAACAGAAGACCUACAAUCGGAGAACUUUGAGUUCCCUUCCUCAUUCGGAGGUCUCGGUCCAGCGCACCAUCGACUCCACGAUGGGCUUCCAGAAGACCGAUGGCUCUUGCAUGCUGAGCUGCCAGGGCUUCGCAGUGGUGAAAAGCCCAUGGGAGCUGCUUUCCGCUGGGUUCUGCAUGCCGUGCAUUGUUUGGGCCUUGGGGUUUUCGUUGGCCCUUUUUGGUCUGAUCUAUUUAGGCGUGACCACCGCAGCGGAGAUCCCAUUGUCCACCCUCCUGUUGAGCGCUUUGCAAAGCUUCGCACUGGGCGCCUUUCUGGCACUUCUGCUGCGGCUGCUCGGAGUCCUCAGACGCCGUCAUCAGCAGCAAAGCCGGCGCCAGCAGCUGAGGGAGCUGCAGCUCCUGUCAGACUUGGAGAAGGCCAGUUGGGAAGGAGAUGAUGACGCCCUGUCGCGCGUGCAGAAGGGGCUGGCUGGACGUGGCUGGACGCAACAGCGCUUUCAGAACCACGUGCAGCAAAUGAGGUGUCGGCAAAGUCAGGACGCUGGGGUCAGUGUGGCCUACAUCCUCUCACGCGAGUUCUUGGAGCUCUCACAAAACCGCAGUGGGAAGGAUGACCCAAACUUUUACGACCUGAAGGACGCCUUUUUCCUCCCAUCCGAUCCUGUUGCCCAGCCGCCCAUUGGAGGAACGGUGCUUUGCCCGCGCGAUGGACGUCCAGGCUGUGCUCUGGUCGAUACCCUGGAGCGACAGCAUCGCAGGGAGUGCACGCACUUCCUCUCCUGGGCCUGGAGCUAUUCGGUGAGCUUGGUUCAAAGCGCCAUGCGCAGCUGGAUGGAUCAGGGCAAGUUGGAACCAUCGAAGACUUUCCUCUACAUGUGUUUCUUCGUGAACAACCAAUACCGGAUCCUAUUGGACCGAGAUGGUGCUGGAAGCCGUGAGUUUAGCCUGGGAGAGGUUUUCGAAGAAAACCUGCAACGCGUUGGCCGAAUGGUGGCGCUCUUGGACCAUUGGGAUCAGCCGCAGUACUUGUCAAGGAUAUGGACGAUCUUCGAGCAAUAUUCUGCAGUGGUGUUGGAAAUUGAGGUGACCUUCAUUCUGCCGCAGGCAUCGGGGGAAAGCCUCCUACAACAAAUCCGUAAGGGUGAAGAGGGCAUCUUGAGUGUGCGAGAGUCCCUGUGCAACGUGGAUGCCGAGACUGCUGGUGCCUGGUGUCCCGAGGAUGAGCAGCACGUGAAGCGCAUCAUCGAGCAAUCCAUAGGUUUUGAGAAAGUGAAUGAGAAGGUGCAGGAACUCAUGAUUGCUUGGGUGGCCACGAUGGUCAAGGACUACCUGGGAGGCUUGGUCGUCUUGGGCACUCGGCGUCUACAACGCUUGAGGGCCAGGACGUUCUUAAGCGUGGCCCCCACCGACGUGUCGCACAAGAUGAGCAGCCGCACGGAAGUCUCUGUGGGCACCAUGCAGACGAUCCGGGUCAAGCAAACUGACUCACUCUAUUCGCAAUAUAACAUGCACAAAGAAUCCACGACCGUGGUAAAUUUUUGA